GCUUCGUAAGCAAUGACUGACUUUAAUAUCGACUCUGAAGAAAUACUCAAUCCUGAAGAAGAGCUGUAUAAGCUGGGAUAUAAAGAAGGACAAGACCAAUCAACCAAUGAGCAAUAUAUAGAAGGCAAACAAUACGGAUUACAGACUGGAUUCCAACGGUUCCUAGUUGUAGGUUACAUCCAGGGGCUAGUUGAUCAGUGGAGAAAACGACUUAGUCAAUAUGAAGGAAACAUUACAUCUCUCGAAUCACAUUUGCGACAAUUGGAAGAAUUGAUUGACGGAAUUCCCAGCGGGAAUAGUGAUGCUGAGGUGGCAGAGUACGAAACGAGACUUACAAAAGCAAGAAAUAAGGUCAGAGUUAUAUCCACUUUAACUAAAGAUAAUUCCAAUAUCAACAGUCUUGACGAUUUGAUAAAACUGGUUGGUGGUCAGUUGUCAACCAGUGAAAAUGUAGACGAGAUGUGGUGAUUGCAAUGUGUAUUGUAUGUAAUUCUUGUUCAGAAAUAAUAGUCAAAAUCUAAGGACUUGUCUCUACUCUCUAAUUUAUAACUUAAUAUCCCACCCAAGGGACAAUCUAUAACACCAAUAAUCAACUGUUCUCCAUGGCCAUGUUCAACAGGAGCGAAGUUCAUCCCACAACACUUUCCUAAGAAAUCUAUAGAUUGGAUUCUAGAUUGUAUGCCUGUCUCUCCAGUCUGAAGCAAAUCAUUAACUUCAACUACACCCACAUGGUCUAAACUUUCCGCCCAGGCAAUGUAGUCUCCAUUAUGACUGAAUUUACAGUUUCUGACAGGAGCUCCAUAUAUGCCUUGGCUGAACCCAAGAGUUCCACUCCACGAAUACAAUGGCUUGUCGGGGUUUCUUCUAUCCCAUAACUUAACACAAGAAUCUUGGUUUCCCGUUAAUAGCAAGUUUUCAUCUCGAGGAGACCAAUCGCAUCCGAAUCCAAAAUCAUCAUGCGAUUUAAAUUCAAGGUGUUUCUCACUAAACUUUAUUCGUUUAUCGACAAUAUACGAGUUGAUAUUGUCCCCCGUGACAAAUAAUUCAUUGGAAUUGGUAGGGUUAAGUGCAGAGCAGUUAAGCGGGAAUGGUAGGGUAUGCAAUUGGGUUAUUCUGUGUUUGUUUAAAUCUAUUAGCCUCAUGCUUUUGUCAUUUGAUGAUAUUAUUAACUCUUGGUCUCGUUCGUUUAUUAUUAUUUGGUUGGUGAUUCCAUCUAUGUUACU